GCGGGACAUCCGGCCACGGUCCCUCGCCGCGCCCGCCUGCCGCUCGCCGCCCGCUCCCCCGCCGCAGCCCGGGAGCCGGCCACCCCUCUCGCGCGCCGGGGCCUCCCGCGGGCGCUCCCCUCCUGGGGGCCCUCCCCGCGCUGCGGGCCCAAGCCCUCGGCUCCCGCCCCCGGCCCGAGCCCGCCUCCCAGGCGGCCCUCGGAUCGGCCGGACCGGCGCAGGCCCCCACCCCGGGAGCACCAUGUUCCCCCGCCCGCUGACCCCGCUGGCGGCCCCAAAUGGCGCCGAAUCCCUGGGCCGGGCGCUGAGGCGGGCCCCACUGGGCAGGGCCCGGGCCGGGCUGGGGGGGCCGCCCCUGCUGCUGCCGUCCAUGCUGAUGUUCGCGGUGAUCGUGGCCUCCAGCGGGCUGCUGCUCAUGAUCGAGCGGGGCAUCCUGGCCGAGAUGAAGCCCCUUCCCCUGCACCCUCCCAAUCGCGAAGGCGCGGCCUGGCGCCGGGCCCUCCCCAGGCCUGGGGGGCUGUCCCUGGAGGCCGGGGACUCGGACUUGCAGGUGAGGCAGGACGUCCGGAACCGCACUUUGCGGGCAGUGUGCGGACAACCAGGCAUGCCCCGGGACCCUUGGGACUUGCCUGUGGGGCAGCGGCGCACCCUACUGCGCCACAUCCUCGUGAGUGACCGCUACCGCUUCCUCUACUGCUACGUCCCCAAGGUGGCCUGCUCUAACUGGAAGCGGGUGCUGAAGGUGCUGGCAGGCGUCCUGGACAGCGUGGAUGUCCGCCUCAAGAUGGACCACCGCAAUGACCUGGUGUUCCUGGCAGACCUGCGGCCUGAGGAGAUUCGCUACCGCCUGCAACACUACUUCAAGUUUCUGUUUGUGCGGGACCCCUUGGAACGCCUUCUCUCUGCCUACCGCAACAAGUUUGGCGAAAUCCGAGAGUACCAGCAGCGCUAUGGGGCGGAGAUCGUGAGGCGGUACAGGGCCGGAGCGGGACCCAGCCCUGCAGGGGACGACGUCACCUUCCCCGAGUUCCUAAGAUACCUGGUGGACGAGGACCCUGAGCGGAUGAAUGAGCAUUGGAUGCCCGUGUACCACCUGUGCCAGCCUUGUGCCGUGCACUACGACUUUGUAGGCUCCUAUGAGAGGCUGGAGGCUGAUGCCAACCAGGUGCUGGAGUGGGUGCGGGCACCACCCCAUGUCCGAUUCCCGGCUCGCCAGGCCUGGUACCGGCCAGCCAGCCCUGAGAGCCUGCACUACCACCUGUGCAGUGCCCCACGGGCCCUCCUGCAGGAUGUGCUUCCUAAGUAUAUCCUAGACUUCUCCCUCUUUGCCUACCCACUGCCUAAUGUCACCAGGGAGGCCUGUCACCAGUGACUCCGGGUAUGUUGGGGACUGGUUUUGACGGUGCCAGCUCCCUGCCAUUCAGAGAAACCCUAGCUCCGGGGACUUGAGGCUUCUCCAGAUGCCUGGAUGGCAAGGACUGCCUGCAGAAGUUCCUUGUCCACGGUGGGUGCCCACCGAGGCUCAGAGGACAGGGUUAGACAAGAGGCGUGGUGCUCUGCACUGAGGGAAUUUCUUAGGGGCCAUGCAACCCUGCUUGCCCUGGCAGGGCUAGACACCAGCUUGCCAAUGAGUAACAACAGAUCCUUCCAAAGAUUGGCUCCAGGCCCCGGGGUGCAGGAAUUGUGCCGUCCACUUGGUCCACCUUAACCUGUGGCCAAAACCUAGAGGUGACACCGAUCGGCAAAAUGACCAGAGCCAGGGGCCCUGUUGCUUUGAUCACCCAUUCACCCACUCCAUGCGCCUCAGGGCUGGGGUCGUCAGUCGUGCCUUUUAAAUGACUUUUGUGCCUUUCUGCUUCACUCACUUUCCUACACUUUCCAGGUUCUUUCCGUUUUUUCCAAGGAAAGGGAAACUGAGUCAGGGCCCUUGCCUGUCCCUGCACAAGUCCAAAGACCCCUGUGCCCAGCCUUUGAGGGGGGGCUCUGGGCACCUCCUGCCUUCUCCCAAGGUUGUAACUGUGGCUGGUGUAAUCUGGCUGCCACUUUUCUGACUCAUUUAUUUAAAAUUUGUACUUUUUGAUAGAACCCUUGUAAAGGCUUUGUUUUCCAAAUUGCUGAAUUUUUAAUAAAGCUGUUUUGUAUAUAAA